AUGGAUAGCUGGGUACACGACGACCUGUGGGCGCGGGGAGACGUCGGCGGCGUAACGGCUGGCUACGGAAGUGCCGCGGAUGAUUCGAUACGAGGCUCCCACAAGGCCACGAACACUUCGACGGCCGCCAUCAUCAACCAGUUCCGUUUUCAGUCUGCGAAAUCGAUACGAACCUCGACCAUCAUUCUCGCCGUUUUCAAUGUCAUCGCCGCCUUUGCGACAGCAGUUGGAAUCUUUUGGGACGGAUAUGCAACGGCUAAGAAGACCAACCAGAAGUUUGGCUUCAGAACACAUGGUUUCAACUUUGUUGGACCUGCCGAGACCUUCCCUCUGAUCCUCUCUGUUGGCAUUGUUGUCCAGGGCAUCGUCUUCGCUGUUGCACAGUCGACUGGACUCGACCACCUCCUUACUCUGGGGUGCACCAUCACCUCCCAGAUGAUGCUGCCUGCGGUUUUCAUUGUUCCCUACAUUCAACUAGUAUUCGCCCUGGAGGUGGCUUUUCGGUCUCUACGAAAGAACCCGCUGCCCCCUCGUAGCAAAUGGAACGUCACCAUAUGCCUAGCCACUGUCGGCACUUUCCUACUCGUUACCUACCUCGUUACUCUCUUUGUCCGCCCUCCCAACUUCUGCUUUGCGUCCCUCUUCUGGUUCGUCCAGCGCUGGAAGGAGGGGUGCUUCGUUAUCCUAACAAUUAUCUCGGUGGCGCUGCUCGCCUCGACCCUCGUUAUCUUCUUUCGCCUGCACAACAAUGCCAGGAUUGAGAACAGCGAGCGUGUCGCUGCUUCCAGGAUGGUCUACUUCCUGGCGGUCGCCUUCAUUUCGACUACACUUCUCAUUCCUUUCUUCUUCACCCUCUCAUUCACGGAGCAGCGAGCUGCUACUGGACAAGCCCUCACACUUGCCAUGAUUGCCACUGUCGUUGCCAAUGUGUCUGGCUUGAUGACUGGCGGCCUGCACCUGUUCUUGCGUUCAAACACCCUCUCCACCAUCGGUCCCUGUCACAGUGAAAAGUCCGAGUCCGAGCGUAAUAAGCUCAAGGCCGGCAUCCGUGUCUACAGUGGCGGCAAUGAUUACGAAAAUCACAUGAUGAACCCCGUCGGCCGAGCACAAUCCCUCCGACGGAUGGACAGCACCGACAGCCUGGUGCCCGAGAAGGAGGAAGAGGCUCGUAUCGAGAGCCCCUCCGGCUCGCCCACGUAUGCCAACCCUCUCCGGUCAAAUGCUGUGUGGCAGACGGUCCCUGCUCCUCUGCAGACACCUGAACCCGCGCAGGUUCCGAAUUACCAGAUCCCAAAGGCCCACGCGCCCAUAAGGUCCUACUCGUUGUUCCCAAUCGAGCAACAAAACAACACCAAAUCAAUCACCUUGCUCCCCGCCAAGACAUACAAGCCCGCCGUGACGACAUUUGAAGAGGAUGAUAUAUUGUUCCUCCAGCCCCCGCCAUCAAUUCACCCUCAAGGCAUUCGUCAUCGUCGCGACUCUUCCCUCGCUUCGUCGGCGACUGUUCAGAUUGGCCUACGUCUGUCAAACGUUGAUGACAUGCCGCCUCUCACGUCUCAAUACUUCCAGAACAACUCAAGCGUCACCAGUCUUGACUGCACCAACGAACGGGACCUCGACGCCCUCAAGCGGCCCAGCCCUUUGGCCCAGGUCGAUGUCAACGGUGAAAGUGAUUCGUCCGACUCCGAGGAGGACGAGACUCUGGUGUCAUCGCCUGUCCGUUACGAGAAGGAUGCACGGAUGAAGACUCUCCCAUCUGUCCCCGAUCACUCUGCGCAUGGGCAAUCGCGACUGGAGGAGCGAGAGCCGCAACAGCUCACUCUUAGUCCGGCGGUCUACAGACCCGAGAGCCCUCAGAAGACCAGAGUCACCAGCCCCCAGGGCGUUGGCUUCAACAACCUUGCGCUGCGCAAGAAGGCCCCAGUCCAGUGCACCAAGCAGGAUUGCCAAUGCUCCGGUCAACAUGACAAGCGUGAUUGGAUCUGA